UGAUUACUACAGUUGACAUUUCUCAAAAUACGCUUCCAACCCACGUUUCUUCUGCAAAAAACCCAACUCUAUUGAUACCUCCUCGCCACCUCUCUCUCUCUCUCAAUCCCGCGUGAGUCCAACGCUUUGAAACUCUACUCCAAAUUCCAAUCCAAUCCCUGGUUUCCACUCUGAUCAGAUCUCCACCAAAACCCUACCCUCCAAAUCUUCCUUCAACUUCAAACCUCUAUCAUCAAAUUCAUCCCAAAAAAAAAACCGAUGUCGUUCGAGGAGGAGGAGGAGUCGUUCGAGCACACCCUCCUGGUGGUUCGCGAGGUCGCCGUCUACAAAAUCCCCCCUCGCACCACCAGCGGCGGCUACAAGUGCGGCGAGUGGCUCCAGUCCGACAAGAUCUGGUCCGGCCGCCUCCGCGUCGUCUCCUGCAAGGACCGCUGCGAGAUCCGCCUCGAAGAUCCCUCCUCUGGCGAGCUUUUCGCCGCCUGCUUCGUCCUCCCUGGCCAGCGUGACACCUCCGUCGAGCCCGUGCUCGAUUCGUCGAGGUACUUCGUGCUCAAGAUCGAGGACGGAAGGGGAAAGCACGCCUUCAUAGGGUUGGGAUUCAAUGAGCGGAACGAGGCGUUUGAUUUCAAUGUGGCGUUGUCGGAUCAUGACAAGUAUGUGAAGAGGGAGCACGACAAGGAGGCUGGUGAAUCGAGCGACGGCAGCGAUGACAAUCAUAUUGAUAUUCACCCUGCUGUCAAUCACAGAUUGAAGGAAGGUGAAACCAUCCGAAUAACUGUGAAGAACAAGCCAUCUAGUGGUACGGGCAUGCUUUCAGCUGCUGGGUUGUCAGGAGGGGCUUCUGGAACUGGAAAACCUAAAGCUCUGAGCCUUGCCCCUCCACCUACUGGAGCGACAAAGAUCAGAUCUCCUUUACCACCCCCACCUAAUGAUCCUGCUGCUGUGCGGAUUACUUCUACCAGUCAUGGUGUUGGUCUCAAGGGGCCCAAGGAAAAUGCGAGACAUUCUACUGAUACUCUCUCAGAUUUCUCUCAACUUGAGUCUAGAUAACCAGUAAAAAUGGUUAUCUAGGGGAGCAUGCAGUUUUGCAGCUCUGGACGUAUUAGAGAACAAAAAAGAAGCAAAUUGAACUUGCAAUAUGGGUGCCGCCAUCAUUUUUCUUGUGGAUGCUGCUGGGAAAUCAUUGACAUCUACUGCAAUGAGCUACAUGCAUGUGUAUUGUGUGUGGGUGGAUGCAAAUGGGUAUCAUUUAUAUUGUCUUUACUCGAUAAGUAUGAAAUUUGUUAACUGAUAUUCGAAGGGUCAAUGUGACAACUGCAAAUAAUUCCAGUUUGUUGCAGUGUUGCCAAAAAAACACUAAACCAAGUGAUUUCAUUUUGGAACAUGUGUUGAAACAUGAUAAACUUUCAUUUAAAGCGAUCAUUUUCUUUUUGAAAUUUUCCUUUGGAGGAAAAACGAAAAGCAUAAAUGAACUAAAAUAUAAAGUGGAGUUUUGGCAAAACAAAAUAUAAAAAAAGGCCAUAAUACUAUUAGAAUGUAUUAUUGCAUGAUUAAUUUGAAGAAUGAUGGACUAUUUAUUGGAUGUCUAAUUGUUAAAAGAAAAAUGCUUUUACAUUUAAAAGUACCUUAAAUUCUAGGACAAAUUUCACUUUACCCCCUUAUAAUUUGGCUCAAAUGCUGAUGAGCCCCCUUUAAUUUAGGAAUAGGCACAUCACCCCCUAUGGUUUGUUGACCAAAGUGUACUGUUAAAUUUUUCAUCCAAAGUAAUAGGCCGUGAGAGUUACGUGCGUAAGCCAAUUGUUAAAGACAAAAAUACCCUUUAUUCAAAUUUACAAAAAAUGCUAUUCUUCAUCUACUCUCGUAACUAUUUCUCUCUUUGCUGCAACUUCGUUUAUUUUCUUUUUUCCUCUCUCUUUCUAAGCCCACUAAGGAUCUUAUAUAAGCCACAUUCACACCUUUGCAAUACAACCUUCAUUGUCAUCCCAGAUGGAUGCAAACACUUAUGUUAGGCAUCCUGCUGGUGUGAGCAAGAAAUCAUGAGGAACUGCACACAAUCAGGAUCUUAGGGUCCUUUCCUGCACUGUGAUGCUGCUGCAAGUUGAAUAAGAAUGGUUCAGAGAGUUGAUUGAGGAAUGGGAGAAGAAAUCUUUGCGUAUGAGGAAACAGUCUAGGUGGACAUCCAGCUCAUACAGACAUCUGUGAUAAACAACUAAUUCAACACCCAUCUGUGGUCCAACUGUCCAAGAGCAACAGCGAACAAUGUGGUCUGUCCGUCCUAGAACAACUCUUAAAGCAUGUUUUUGUUUAAAUUUUCCAGUUUAUGUUUGAUUCUUAUCAACCUUUGUUAGGUGGAUUACUGUGAAUGAUUGGGGAAAUUGGAUAUUUGGGUUUUUAAUUGAUUUGUUGACUGUUGGAUGUCUGGAUGGUCUUUUUUUUUUUUUUUUUUAAAUAAAAUAAAAAUUACAUAUAAUAUAUACACACAAGUAUAUUGUUUAGAGGAAGAAGAUAAGGCUGUUCGGGUAAUUUUAUAGGUAGUAUAAACGAAAGUAAGUUUUGCACUUUGGUCCACAAACCAUAGGGUCUACAAACCAAAGAAUUAGAAUCAAAUAUCCAAGUAGUAGGAGAGAUACUUGUAGAAUGAGAA